UUAUAGGUGAAGAUUAAGACAAUCAAGGGAAAGAGGAAGAGUUCCAAUUUAACAGUGCUACUUCUACUUCCUAAGCUUGAUCACUGUUUUUUCAAAAUAUAGCAAUUUUCCGUGAAAAUAUUCCCACCAUUUUAGGUCCAACUUUUUUCCCCAGAAAACGCCAAUGCUUCAGUGUUUUCUUCUCCCAACUGUGAAUCAUCAAUGAAACCCAUCUGCACAUGAAUCUACAUUCGAGAUUACACUGCUGUGUAUUAGAUUUUGUUACACCCAUCCAUUCGAGUUCUUCAUAUGUGGGAUUGUGCAUGUACUACAGAGCAGAUUCUGAUCAAAGCCAAUUUUUUCUUUUGUCUUCUAGUUAUAUCUGGAUCGUAACGACUACACAAAACUAGUGAGAAGAUCAGGAAGAGUUUAAUUUUCCUUAAGAGUAAAUGAGUCAAACUCUCACUUACCACCGCUUCCAGCUGUGCAGAGUCCAUUGCUAAAACCGCUACCUUCACCCCUAUAUAUAACAACCCAAACCCCAUCUCAAACACAAUACAACAUAGAGCAUUAGAGCUAGCCCUCACUCCCCUCAGUCCCUCACUUACUGUAUUUUUCAUAUACUCUUUUGUUGUAAAAAUGCCGUCCAAAGUGUCAGGUCCGGUGAAAAUUAAGGGCCAGGCGUUGCUACCGGUGUCAGUCAAUUGGCUUGUUGUUUCUGUGGCGAUUAACUUUGGGCUCUUACUUAAGCUUAUUCAUGAUGGUCAUUUACAGAUGGUCUGGUCGCCUGGCCUGAAUGAAAUGUUUAAUAAAGAGAAUGAAGCUCCUCUUUCAUCUUUCUCUGCUUCUUUUACAACCCAGGCUAAGCAGGGAAAUGAAGGGCUAAUACAACAGCAGCUCAUAAAUCUUGACCACGGUGAUCCGACUAUGUACCAGAGUUAUUGGAAGCAGAUGGGGGACAAAACAACAGUUGUCAUAUCUGGUUGGCAAUCUGUUAGUUAUUUCUCGGAUACGAAAACCCAUUGCUGGUUUCUGGAACCAGGUUUUGCAAAUGCAGUAACUAGAUUGCACAAUCUAGUCGGGAAUGCUGAGACUGGAAACCGACACAUUGUGGUUGGGACAGGAUCUACCCAACUGUUUCAGGCUGUACUAUAUGCCCUAUGUCCAUCUGAUGCUCCAGAGCCAAUGAGUAUUGUAUCCGCUGCCCCAUUUUAUUCGUCAUACCCACUGAUCACUGAAUGCUUGAAAUCUGGGCUCUACAAGUGGAGAGGUGAUGCCAAUGAGUUUGACAGAGAUGAACCUUAUGUUGAGCUUGUGACUUACCCAAACAAUCCUGAUGGAUCAAUCAGGGAACCUGUGGUCAACGGGAGUGGAGGGAUAUUGCUUCACGACCUAGCUUAUUAUUGGCCCCAGUAUACUCCAAUUUCUUCUCCGGCAGACCAUGAAAUAAUGUUGUUCACCCUAUCCAAAUGCACGGGACAUGCUGGGAUGCGCUUAGGAUGGGCACUAGUCAAGGAUGAAGCAAUUGCAAAAAAGAUGGUAAAAUUUAUAGAGAUCAGCAGCAUUGGCGUCUCUAAAGAUUCACAAGUCAGAGCUGCCAAAAUCCUGGACGUUAUUGCCGAUACUUAUGAGCAUACUGAAACCUCUAAUGAUAGUACACGCUUCUUUGAUUAUGGCUAUCAGGAAAUGGCGAAGAGGUGGAGACAACUGAGAGAGGCAGUCAACAAAGGCCAAACAUUUAGUUUGCCAAACUUGCCUGUUGGGAAAUGCAACUUUAGCAAUCGGACAUUUGGAACACAACCUGCUUUUGCAUGGAUGAAGUGUGAGAAGACCAUAGAUGACUGUGAAACUUUUCUCAGGAAGCACAAGAUUUUGACUAGAGGCGGUGUGCAUUUUGGUUCCAGUAAAAAGUUUGUGAGGAUUAGUUUGAUAGGUCAUGAGGAAGAAUAUAAUGAGUUUAUUCGGAGGUUGUCUUUGAUCAACUCUGUGGAAUCUCUAUGAACAGACUGUAGUUUUUGGUAGGAACAAAUAGUCUUAUAGGGUGAAGAGCAGAUGACAAAAUGCUAAGAAAUGCUUUGAUUGCUCUCUAUAUAAACAACGUAUAAAGGAAUAUAAUUUAUAUCAAAAAAUAUAAAUGCUAAGAAAUGCUUUGAUUGCUCUCUAUAUAAACAACGUAUAAAGGAAUAUAAUUUAUAUCAAAAAAUAUAC